AUAACCUGACGCUUGUCUGGUAUACCCUAUUCAGCACUUUCUGAGUGUGUGUGUGUGCGUGCGUGCGUGUAUGUCUGUGCGUAUGUGUGUGUCACCGGCUGAAUUAUUGAUGGGGUAGAAGAAAAAGUGUUCUGCUUCAGAGCGUCCAGGCUGGCUCUUUGGAGCAUCAGUCGGGAUGGGAGAGAGAAAUGUGCGGCAGCAGGAGCAGCAGAAUGGGGGGAUCUGUCAGUACACCCAGAAAAUCACCUCUUGCUUUGGGCUGCAUGUGGCCCAUGCUCAGGACACGCACCACCCAUCAGAGAAGCCGGUGAUCCUCUGUAGUAAGUGCGGGGAGCCAUGCAAGGGUGAGGUGCUGCGUGUGCAGUCGAGGCACUUCCACAUCAAGUGCUUCACCUGCAAAGUGUGCGGCUGCGAUCUGGCCCAGGGCGGGUUUUUCAUGAAGAAUGAUGACUACCUGUGUGCCCUGGACUACCAGCGUAUGCAUGGGACCCGCUGUAAUGGCUGUGGGGACUUUGUGGAGGGAGAGGUGGUCACUGCGCUAGGGAAGACCUACCAUCCCAACUGCUUCAUCUGCUCCCUCUGCAAACGACCGUUCCCUGCUGGAGAUCGGGUCACAUUCAAUGGAAAACACUGUCUUUGUCAGCACUGUGCUGAGCCCAUGUCACCCACGCCCAAAGACAUCAGCGCCUCCAGCAACUGUGCGGGGUGUGGCAGAGACAUUAAAAAUGGUCAGGCCCUCCUUGCCCUGGAGAGACAGUGGCACCUUGGCUGCUUCAAGUGUAAAGCCUGCGGGAAGGUGCUGACUGGGGAGUACAUCAGCAAGGAUGGAGCUCCAUACUGUGAGGCAGAUUAUCAGGUGCACUUUGGAGUGCAGUGUGAGUCCUGUCAGCAGUACAUUACAGGGAAAGUGCUUGAGGCAGGGGACAAACACUACCACCCCAGCUGUGCACGAUGCAGCAGGUGCAAUCAGAUGUUCACAGAAGGAGAGGAAAUGUAUUUGCAAGGAUCCACCAUUUGGCAUCCAGGCUGUAAGAACUCCAGCCGAACCGAGGAGAAACAUAGGCCUACAAGGUCCUCGUCCGAGAGUAUCUCUUCCAGACCUGGUUCAAGCAUACCUGGCUCACCGGGUCACACCAUCUAUGCAAAAGUAGACAAUGAGAUCCUUGAUUACAGGGACUUAGCUGCCAUCCCCAAAGUCAAGGCCAUUUAUGACAUUGAGCGCCCCGAUUUGAUAACCUAUGAGCCCUCUUACAGCGCCCCGCUGGAGGAGAGGCAGAGUGUGGGAGAGUCUCCCAGGACCCGGUCUCCCACACCCUCUACUGAUGUUUAUGACAUGCGGGACCGCAUCAUUUACAGAUCUACCAGCCAAGGCUCCAUUGGCUCGCCCAUCUACAGUCGCCAUAGUUACACACCCACACUGUCACGGUCACCUCAGCACUUCCACAGACCAGACCAAGGAGUGAACAUAUACAGGAGACCUCCUAUCUAUAAGCAGCAGGACUCAGCUGCCCUCGCAGCCCAAAGCAAGUCUGCCGAUGACAUCAUCAAGUCUGCCAAGUUCCCUGCAGCCCACGCCCCCAGCCCGGACCAAAUGCCAAAGAUUGAGACAGACUACUGGCCCUGUCCACCCUCCCUCGCCGCAUUAGGGUCAGACGGGCGCCGUCGAUCCCAAGAGGAAGAGGAAGAGGAGCUAGUGAAACGACGACAGCUUCAGGAAGAACAUCUUAAUAAAAUCCAGUCAGGUUUGGGUAAGCUGAUCUUGAAGGAGGAGAUGGAGAAGGAGCGGUACAGUCGCAGCCUGUCUGCUCCACGGUGUAGCUCCCAGAAGGCCAACUGCACUGCAGAUCCAGCUUCUUCAACAUCCAGAACAUCUUCCCUACCUGGCUACGGGCGGAACGGCCUUCACAGACCUCAGUCUACAGACUUCACACAGUACAGCUACGGAGACGUGUAUCGGGAUGCCAGAGAGUUCCAGCCUGCCAGAGAUGGUCAUGUUUCCGGAGCAAGAAUGGACAGGGGAGUAUCCAUGCCAAAUAUGUUAGAACCAAAAGUUUAUCCUUAUGAAAUGCUCAUGACCACCAGCAGAGGGCGCACUAAACUACCUAGAGAUGUGGACAGAACAAGACUGGAGCGUCAUCUGUCCCCGGAGGCGUUCUUUGACAUCUUUGGGAUGGAGAUCCAUGAAUUUGACCGGCUGCCACUCUGGAAACGAAAUGACAUGAAGAAGAGGGCCAAGCUCUUCUAAUGAGCAAACCCUGCAUGUUUCAUUUACCAUUUAAGUGAUGCAAUAUUCAUACGAGGACUUUAUUUCUUUGCUUCUUUUUUCAUACAUGUUGAAGGACAGAAAACUUAAACAAGCCUAACCAUUUUCCAUUUUUAUCCUUGGGGCUUCCAACAGUGGGAUACUUUUAAUCAAGCAGCUAGAAAUAGAUAUGAACGUGUGUGCAGAGGUGAAAGUACAGUAAUUUUUUUCAAAUGAGAGAGAAAAUGAUGAUAAUGAGCUGAUUGUCUUUUUGUGUAGCUUGGUAUGGCUCUGAUUGAAGCCUCCUCCCAUCUCUCUUUUCUUGGCUCCUCAUGUUUGCUUCUUUUACUGGUAGAACCUUGAGGCCCAGCAGAGUUCCUAAAAUGAACAGACAGACACUGUAAACAGUGACAUGGGAAAACGGGUAUACUUGCAUUUGGCUCUAAUUAAGGCCUUGAUUUGCAAACCUUCACUUAGAGGGGGGUAAAUGGCUCUCAGUGUGAUCAGGGGAAAUCAAAGGCUUCACUUUGUCACAAGUAAUUUGCUCAUGCGUACACUUAUUGCUGCUGAUAUUUACAGUAGAUUCUGACAGCACCCCUGAGUUUUACCACUAGGGGUCAGGCGUCUGCCAUGUCUGUUCUUGUGAGACAAAAAUCUCCUUGCUUUGCUCUUGGAUGUAUUCCCAAUGAUGAACUUGAUGAUUUAUUUUUCAUUGUAUCUACAGUCCAUUUCAGUCUUUUAACAUAUACACUGUGCAUUAUUUAAAUAAAUAUUACUGUCAUCAAAGAACUAUAUUUAAUAUAUGACUGUUCCAUAUAUGAAUUCUUACUGCCAUUACGUUGUUUCUAAAACAAUGCUUUAGAUCACUGUGGAGGAAAUGUAACUACACUUGAACCUCACCAGCUUGCUGUGCAUUUUUAGAUACCUUUCCCUCCCUUCAUACCAAAAGAACUGGAUGUCUGGUUGUCAUUCUUUUAUGACAGAACUGUGCUCUGUAAUCUGGAGCUUUGCAACUCAUUCUCUGGGACCAAUUGCACAGUGGUUACCAAGGCAAACAAGAACGUGGGUCUGUAUUCCAGUAGCCUUCAUUCUGUUGUAAAUAAAUACCAGAAAAUCACCAGGUGUUUAUCCCC